AUGGACGACACAAAUGGCCUGAUCCAGGUACUUGUUUCGGGCACCGGCAUUGCCAACAGCGACAUGUCAGGUGAUGUUCAAAUCGAUGCAGAAGGUGAGACCUAUGUCACGGCGAGAAGGGUCACACAAUGGCAGACAGCUCUGAUGUACAAACACACACAACGCAUUUUCCAAUCUACUAUGGAGGUUAUGGACCAAUUUGUACCAAAGUACUACGACCAUCAGCUCUUGCGCAGAUGCUGGGGUGUGCUCAGGUACAUCAUCAAGGAGAAAAACGAUCUCAUCGUCGAGUAUCUCAGUGCCCUGGCACUGCGUAUUGAGGCGUUGCGCUCUAAAGCAAUUGAUAUUCGCAACAGUGUCGCAAAUGAGAGAGACGAAAAGCCGAGCGAAUACCUCCUACCGCUGUCGCUUGUGAAAGCAGCAGAGAAGAUUCUCCAGACGAUCGAUACCUGCGGGUAUAGUGUCCGAGAAAUGCACAAUUUCGACAAAGCCGAUACGAUGCCUUCUAUUUCACGGAACGAACUCAAAACUCAUAUGAAUUUGCUUUCCUACUUUGGCUCAGCAGCUUCUACCGCGCUUUCAUCAGCGCGUAAAGAGCUAAUGAUCAUGGCGCAUACCGGCAGCCAUAGGGGAGCGGUGCAAAACUUCCGCAGUACUCCUGAGGUUACUCUGUUCAUAUGUCUCAUCCAUCUUUGGUCAAGAACAAUAUCGCAGAAUCUAUCUGUGCCUGACUUGUACAGAGAGAAUCUUUCGGUCAUGCAAUACAAAGCUAACCGGCGGCCGUCGAAGCUUGCCCUUCGAGAACUGUACCUCUUGGAAGAGGAAUUCGAGAUGGUAGCCUCCAUAUGUGCUCAACAACGCCGCAUGAUCAAUGAUUGCUACGACGUCAUCUAUCCCUGGAGCUAUCGCAUCGCGACCAAAGAGUGCUACAGAGCCUACAAAGACAUCGCAUUUCCCCUCAUGACACACAUAUUUGAUGAUCCUGUUGGUAUGGGGGCAACCCUUACAGGAAUAAAACAAAUACGGGCGUCGUUCGAUAAGACCAAGGAGGUGCUCCGCCACAACGUUGAAGUCUCAGAAGAAAGCAACUCGAAAGCCAUCAGGGUAUUUACUCUAGUGACAAUCGUGUUUCUUCCUCUUUCUUUCAUCUCUUCCGUAUUCGGCACGAACACUACAGAUAUAAGAGACAUGAGCAGCUCGCAAGCUCUCUUUUGGGUCAUUGCCAUUCCUGCCACAACGCUGAUUGGAGGACUCUCCUUGAUGAUCGCAUAUCAUGGAACGUACAUGUGGGCUAAGGUACGCGCGAUGGGCGAUGCUAUGUGGGGAUCAGAGAAGCUAUCGCGCGGGCGACGUGCAUGGAAACGAAAGCCAAAAGACGUGGAAAAGGUAGACGAUGGCGAGAUUGCAGAUACACGGCCUCUGGGACCAGGUCAUCUCCGGAGAAGUAAGACAGUCUUGAACGUCGUUGGGUCGAAGAAACCAAGGAAGUUCAGGUGA